UUCUUCUCGCUUCUUAGCAGUAUGGACACUACUAGAGGUUAAAGUGACAUUGAAGAUUCUUCAUACCUCGAAAAGUCAAAAAAAGACAAGAAGGAAAAAGAUGAUCAGAUAAAGUAAAUUAUCCUUAAAUAUUGAAGAGAAGUCCAUGUAACAAAUGUGCAAUGCUAUGCAUGUGAUUAAAUAAAUGUUCUUUCUGUAAUGUUUGAUUAGGGGCUCUCAUGACAUCAUCGUGAAAAUGGACACAGGCUAACUGUUCAAAUAUCCAACGGCUAUGAGCCCAAGAAACCUGUUAAUUUUGGGUUUUCUUGUAGAUAAAAAGUGAACCAAUACACAGACUUUUCUGAAGAGUAGUGACUUAUGGAGAUUUUUCCUUUUUCCUUUUUGUAAGUUUGUAUAAGAAGUGAAGAAGGAACUGCUUCAGUGGCUUUUGUUCUGCCGAGGAACAACAAACCCCAAACUGCAUUCUCCGUGCCAAGGAAGGUUAGAUUUUUUUCAGAAUGUCAGAAUUCUCACUUAAAUGGACCAGGAUGCUAGACCAGCUGAAGCUGGGGCAGUGGAUAUAAGACCAAGCAAUUCCGGGGUUCCACAGGGGGAAGUGAAUAGUCGAUUAGAGCAAAAGAGGAUUGAUUAUUCAAGAGAAAAGAAAAAGACCCUGCAGGCUCGUUAUAUAUACGGCAUCAUCUUCUUGAUCAUAAAUCUUAAAGCUUGGUUUUUUCGCGAUUACGGGCAAAGGGUUCUAUCUCAUUUCUAUAAUAUAAAAGCUUGUGGAAUUGACGGACAAGAUUGCUGUCAUACAUUGGGCGUUCUUCGUGUGAGUUUAGGAUGCUUCAUAUUUUUCUCUGUUAUGUUUUUCACCACUAUAAAAACAAGAAAAUUAUAUGAAGCUCGCAGUAGCUGGCAUUCAGGAUGGUGGGCAGUGAAGCUUGUUCUAUUGAUUGUAUCAAUGGCAGUACCAUUCUUCCUCCAUUCAAAAUACAUUCAAAUAUAUGGAGAAUUUGCUAGAGUUGGUGCUGGAAUUUUUCUUGUUCUUCAACUUGUAAGCGUAAUUGAGUUCAUCACCUGGUGGAAUAAUUACUGGAUGCCUGAUGAACAAAAGAAGCAAAGUUGCUCCCUUGGAUUGUUCAUGUCAACAAUUUUCUAUCUUGCUUCUGUUUGUGGAAUUGUGGUGAUGUACGCUUUCUAUGGACGGAAAGUUGAAUGUUCGCUAAACAUAUUCUUCAUUACAUGGACUGCCAUUCUUCUUAUAGUGAUGAUGGCUAUGUCCUUACACUCAAAGGUCAAUAGAGGCCUUUUGUCUUCUGGGAUUAUGGCUUCAUACCUUGUCUUCCUCUGUUGGUCUGCCAUAAGAAGUGAACCCGCCAGUGACUAUUGCAACAAACAAAAAGCAAAUGGAAAUAGUGACUGGACCACCAUACUUAGUUUCCUGUUCGCAAUUGGUGCCAUUGUUAUGGCCACAUUUUCCACAGGAAUUGAUUCACAAUCAUUUCAGUUCCGCAAUGAUAAUGUUCAAGAGGAUGAUGGUAUCCCUUAUGACUAUGGGUUUUUCCACCUUGUAUUUGCUUUCGGGGCCAUGUACUUCGGAAUGUUAUUCAUCAGUUGGAACCUGAACAACUCAGCAAGAAAGUGGAGCAUUGAUGUUGGCUGGGCAAGUACAUGGGUGAAAAUCGUGAAUGAGUGGUUUGCAGCAACAAUAUACUUAUGGAAGUUGAUUUCCCCAACUGUAAGACAGACCAAAGUCAUGGAUCAUGAAGAUUCAGUUAGACAGACAGUUGUUAAUGUAGCCUUGCCGUGAUCUCGUUCAGCAGUUGAAAUUGUAGCAUAUCUCCCUUGCACUUAGGUUUAUCUCGUUAUCUCUCAUCAUUUAUUUAUAGGCAGAUUCAUGGCGUCCUUAGCUCAAAACCCAAAGAACACGUAAAAACCACAAAAACAAUGGAUCAUGUACCAUUUUUUGCAUCUAGUUAACCCUGAUUUCCUUUCCUGCAAUAA